CUGAUUUGUUUUCUACCACACUGCAUCAGCUUCUGCUUCUGCCAGACAAAGUGAAGUUCUUGUGGCGACGUAGCCGCUUUGGACUCCAUCCUACUUUUGCCAGUUCCACAUCCACAAACAUCAAGUCUUCUUUGAAGUUUCUACGGACUAGUUUUCUACCAUACUACGUUGGCUUCCAUUUCUACCAGCCUGAGUGAAGUUCUUGUGGCGUCAUGGCUGUUUUGACUCCACCUACUUUUGCCAGUUCCACAUCCACCAACAUUGAGUCUUCUUUGAGCUACCUACAGACUAGUCUGUAACAGCGUCAGCUUCCAUUUCUGCCAGAGACAGUGAAGUUUCAGUGAAGUCAUGGCCAAUUUGGACACCACUUACUUUUGCAAAUUCUGCAACCACAAAACAUCAAGCCUCCUGUCCAAAAUUCAUCAUGCUCAUGCUCAUCGCCACUUUCAAGUUUCAGUGAAGUCAUGGCCAAUUUAGUCACCACUUACUUUUGCCAGUUCCACAUCCACAAACAUCAAGUGUUCUUUGUGCUACCUACGGAUUAGUUUCCUACUGCAUCUGCUUCCAAUCCUGUCAGAGAGAGAGAGAGAAAGAUUCCAAUGGCGUCAUGGCUUUUUCACCACCUACUUCAGCAAGCUUUGCUUUCUGCACCCUGUAGUCCUCUUUGAGCUACCUACAGACAAGUUUUCUACCAUACUACGUUGGCUUCCAUUUCUACCAGCCUGAGUGAAGUUCUUGUGGCGUCAUGGCUGUUUUGACUCCACCUACUUUUGCCACUUCCACAUCCACAAGUCUUCUUUGAGCUACCUACAGACUAGUCUGUAACAGCGUCAGCUUCCAUUUCUGCCAGAGACAGUGAAGUUUCAGUGAAGUCAUGGCCAAUUUGGACACCACUUACUUUUGCAAAUUCUGCAACCACAAAACAUCAAGCCUCCUGUCCAAAAUUCAUCAUGCUCAUGCUCAUCGCCACUUGUCAGCUUAUUUUCACUGCGGACUUGGUCACUGUGCGUCAACCUUCAAGACCGAAGCUGGAUUGAGAAUGCACGUUAUCAGGAACCACAAGAUUUUUGUUUCUCAUGCUGUGCGCCCUACUAGUGUGAAUAUCAUCAACCACCUCAAUGAUGAUCUUAAAUACCAGUGCCCAAUUGUGUCCUGUAGUCAACGGUUCUUCAUGUACAAAGAAUUUACAAAGCACUUAAAAGAUCAUCUUAGAUCUGGCAAAAGUGUCCCUUGUCCAUUUAGUGCUUCCAAAGGCUGUACUAAUGUCUCUCAGACAUGGAAUUCGUUGACUGGCCACCUGUCUAGAAAACAUAAGAAUGAAUGUUGUGAACGCAUCCCUGCACGUCCAAGUUUUACUGUUGGGCCCAUUGAGCCUCUAGAUUCCAUUCCUGAUGUAGAGACUUUGUUUACUCAAGAUGAACUUAACGAGUAUUGUGCAACAACUGAAAAUAACGUUCAAGGAUCACUUAAUGAAUCUCUUGUUACUGUCGCUCAGUUUUACCAGAAGCUUGAAUACAAGCAUAUGGUUCCAGCUUCUGUGACCCAGGUCAUAUCAGUAGAAAUGAAGACAAUGAUGAUGGAUUUGCAGAGAUGUAUGCUGAGUAGUUUGAAUAGUGCAUUAGGGAAUGAAGGACUCUCAGUGGAUUCUAUUUCUCGGAUUGUUGAUUCAGUGAAGGCUGACAGUAAUAACAUCUUUGAAGUGUGGAGAACUUUAAGGACCACUUACAUGAGGAAGAAGUUCUACGAAAAUAAUUUUUGUUUUGUUGAACCGCUUAAACUCCCUCUUCCAAAUGGUUCCACAUUCUAUUACAUUCCCCUAGCUCAAACCAUCAAAGCGGCCUUCAGAAACAAAUCGUGGUCCUUUGGUGUAAGUUCUUCCUCUCAGCCACAUAGUGGACUUUAUAAAGAUUUCAAAGAUGGUUCAGCAUUCAAGGAAAACAUUUUUUUUCAAGAGAAUCCUGAUGCAUUGCCUCUUAUAUUAUAUCAGGAUGCAUUUCAAUGUGUGUGUCCAAUAGGUCCUGCUAAAAAUUUAAAGCAUAAAAUAUUAGGUAUUUAUCUGGCAUUUGGCAAUUUGCCACCAGAAGUAAGAUUUAAGAAAGGCUCUAUUCAACUAGUGGCCUUAUGUAGUGAAAGUGACUUUGAUCAUGAGGCAAUAUAUGGUAGAAUCGUGCAAGACUUGCUUGAUUUACAAACUGAUGGCAUUGAUAUUCCUGGUGUGGGCUUUGUCAAAGCAGGACUGGCUUUUAUUUCUGGUGAUAACUUGGGUUCACAUUGCCUGGCAGGGAUGCUCACCAACUUCAGCCGUGCCCAUUACUUCUGUCGUUAUUGUUUGCUCACAAGGAAAGUAUUUAACAAGCCAGGUGGUGAAGUGCACAAAUUUAAGAAGAGAACUGUUGAAUCUUAUAAUCAUGCUCUUCAUAAACUGAAGUCACUCCCUAAAGCUAAGAGAAUUAAGUCAGGGUACCAUGGUAUCCGUUUUGACUCUGAAUUCAACAAGGUUCGUGGGUUUCAUGUAAUGAAUGGAUUACCCGCCUGCUCGGGCCAUGACUGGGCUGAAGGAAUAAUCUGCCAUGAUUUGAAAUUGUAUAUUAAGUACUUUAUCUCUAAAGGAUGGUUCACCCUUGAGCAGCUCAAUCAAAUGAUUGAAAAAUUUCCGUACUGCCCAGAAGAUAGGAAAGAUCGACCAGUGAUCAUCAAGAAACUGCAGAAAAACAGAAUUGCAGGUGGUGCUUGGCAAGUGUGGAAUACCUUACGAUUGUUUCCAUUAAUUGUGCAUGGUUAUGUGAAGAAUGUGAAUGAUCCAGUGUGGCAGUUGCUGUUACAGUUGAGGGAUUUAUCCGAAUUUGUAUUUGCUCCUGAAAUUCAUGAGUCGUACUUGGCAUGGUUUCAAUGUACUAUCUAUGAGUACCUUGCCACUAGGCGCAAGCUUUUUCCUAAUGUGCCCUUGAGAGCGAAGCACCACUUUGCGACUCAUGCUGCUGAACAGAUACUCUUGUUUGGCCCAAGUACAAAAGUUUGGACAUUACGCUUUGAAACAAAACAUAGCUUUUUUAACAAGAGUUGGAGAUCUGCUAAUAAUAGCAUCAAUUUUUUAAAAACACUCUCCUAUAAACAUGAGUUUUUCCAGAGUUGGCUUCGAAGUGGUGGAGGAUUUGAAUGUGAUUUUGGCAGUGGGGCAAGAACCCCUUUAAAGCUGGGACUGUAUCCUCAAAAUGUCAAAGAUGUCCUUAAAUCUUCUAAUGUGAGAAAUGUGGAUGUAUGUGAACAUGUAACGCUGAAGGGAACUUCGUAUAAGAAGGGUAAUAUUGUCAUUCUAGGCACAACUUCUCCUAUUGGUGAUGCUUUCAAUGUGGGCAUCAUUCAUUUAAUUCUCAUUGACUCUCUUGAUUUGGUUACAUUUUUUGUGAAGAAAGCUCAACUUGUCUUCAAGUACCAAGUAGGGAUGUUCAAAGUCAGUGUGACAUCAAAUGAAUACCAGUGUGUUCGUUCCAAAGAUUUGCUCUGCUACUACCCCCUCUCUCCUUAUGUGAAAGACACUGAGACAUUUGUUGCAUUGCGACAUGCUGUUGUAAAUACCCCUGUUGAGUUGUAAAUGAAUUGAAUGUGUGUAGGUUUUAUAUAGUUUUAAUGUGUUUUGUAUUUAUAUUUUCA